GGUGACAAUCACCACAUUUCUGAUAUUAGGGCAGUAUUACUGCGAAAAUUACAAAGAGCACGAUAAUUUUCUUUCUUGGAGUCCAUCAUGACAUAGAGGACGGUGAGGACUCAUUUGAGUGAGUGAGUGCUCGUGGCUGAAGGUAAAAUAGCCUCCGUAUGGUUAGGUUUUAAACGCAACAUUUGGGAACCGAAAGCUCUUCUUUUUUUCACCUCAAACAGUUAUUGGCCGCAGUGUUGAGGAUAACGGGAAAUAUUUCAUUAUUUUUUUUUCUCGGUGAUUCGCGACUUUCGCUUUGUGAACAGAGCGGAAGUAAUUUAGACAGUUCAUAUCCGGGAAGGUGCACGCUGCACCCAGGCCCUUCUCUUGAGUUCCAAUCUAUUUGGAAUCGAAAGAUCACCAGAUCACGGUGAAAAUGGCGGCUUCGGCGAGACCUUUUCACGAUAUGUAUGAUAUCAAAGAAGAACUUGGAAGAGGUGCCUUUAGUAUAGUUCGCAAAUGUGUUCUGAAGGAAGGAAAAGUGGAAUUUGCUGUGAAAAUUCUCGACACGCGUAAGAUGACCUCGCGCGACAUCCAGAAGGUUGAGCGAGAAGCUCGAAUUUGCCGAGGUCUAAAACACCCGAAUAUCGUCCGUCUUCACUCUAGCAUCUUAGAAGAAGGUUUUUAUUAUUUAGUAUUUGAUCUCGUCACUGGAGGAGAACUUUUUGAGGAGAUCGUAGCUCGGGAGUAUUACAGCGAGGCGGACGCUUCGCACUGUAUACAGCAAGUGUUGCAGAGCGUUCAACAUUGUCACGAUAACAGUAUUGUGCACAGAGACCUCAAACCUGAAAAUCUGCUUCUUUCCAGCAAAGAAAAAUCAGCUAUAUGCAAGCUAGCCGACUUUGGACUGGCGAUCGAAGUGGAUAACGAUAAAUUGGGCUGGUUUGGUUUCGCUGGGACGCCGGGUUAUUUGUCUCCAGAGGUCUUGAAGAAGGAACCGUACAACAAAGCUGUAGAUUUGUGGGCCUGUGGAGUUAUUCUUUAUAUUCUUCUGGUCGGUUAUCCUCCGUUUUGGGACGAAGAUCAGCAGAAACUAUACAGCCAGAUCAAAGCUGGGGCGUACGACUUUCCGUCACCAGAAUGGGAUAGUGUGACAGAGGAGGCAAAAGACCUAAUCAAGAAAAUGCUCACUGUAGACCAAAAUAAAAGGAUUAAUGUUUCAGAUGCUCUCAAACAUUCGUGGAUUUUGAAUCGCGAGCGAAUCGCAUCAAAAGUUCAUCGCCAAACCACACUUGAUGGUCUGAGAAAGUUCAACGCGCGACGAAAACUCAAGGGCGCCAUUUUGACGACGUUGUUAGCGACGCACAAUUUUAGUGGCUCGAGAAAGAAAAAGGGUUCGGAUGAAGAUGUGAUGGCGACGCACCCUGAAGAAACAGAAGCGGCCACCCAGCCCGCAAGCGCGCAACCGCAGUGGAGGGCACAGAAAGAACAAGAAAUAAUCCGUUUAACACAGCAACUGAUUACCAGUAUAACUACGCAAGACUUCGACACUUACAGCAAGCUGGUCGACCCGCACGUGACGGCGUUUGAGCCAGAAGCAAACGGAAAUCUCGUGGAAGGCGUGGAGUUUCACAAGUUUUACUUCGAUAAUGUGCUUCGUCAACGGAACGCGCCCACGAACACCACGAUUCUGUCGCCGCACGUGCACAUUCUGAGCGCGGAAGCCGCGUGCAUCUCUUACGUGCGCUUGACGCAGCGUAUUGGUAGCAGUGGAGAGCCUAUAACGGACCAAUCAGAGGAGACAAGAGUGUGGCAGUUAAAGAAUGGCCAUUGGGUAUGUGUACACCUACACAGGUCUUCUAAAUCAAAAGGACAUUAGUUUUAGAACUGUAAUGUUUUACAUGUUUUACAGUUUUACUGUUUGGAAAGGUGAUUUGUUAGGAACAUAUUUGGAAUUAUAUUGUGGUAUCAAGUCCACUUAGGCAUGGGUGUCUGAGAACUGGAAAAUUUGCCUUGGGAGUUCGGACAGUUUAAAUUGUAAAACUAGAAAUUAAAUGUUGCGACGUUUGGUCGGUUAGAAGAGGCAGGCAAUCGAGAGAAGCGUUGUUCACUGAACUAGGAAAAUAUUUGUUAUUUUUUCUCUUUAUGUAAACCAUCCAUCAUUGCUUAAGGAUAAGAUUUAAUCAGUGGCUUGUAUUCCGUGACAGAGCACUAGUUAAGCCUGGUAGGCAAAGAAUUAUUGUUUUUUGCGUGGUUUAAUUUAAUCAGCCUCUCUUUAAAUUGCUGUCCAGGUUACACUGUAGUUUCGUUUUAUCCGGAAUGCUUGUUGUUUGGUUUAGCUGAAUUUUGAAUCAAUAUGGUGUUAUUUAUUAUACUUCUAAUUAUAGAGCGUUUUUCAAUUGAGUGUCGUAAAACCAAAACCAAAGUAGUCACUUUAGCCAAUCACAAAGGACAUAGACAAUCCAAUGAACCAAUCAAAGCUCGAAGUAAUUACAUGUAGCUAACAGUAAGGGCGGGAAAACCUGUGUUAGUGAGUCACAAUUGGUUUUGGUUUGACUUCUGAUUGGAUGAAAGAGUAGCGCGAGUUUUUUUGAGCCAGUCGUGUGGCGCAGUUGAUGCAAAACCAAUCAUUUUUCGACCCUCAAAUGAAAGCCGCUGUAGCAAUCAACUUUAGCAGAUUGUACGGUUUGCAUCAUUAUAUAGCAUGUGAGAUUUCAGCGCUGUUUUGCAAGGGAGAGCCAUGCUUAGAAUCGAGAAAUGUUAUUUGAAGUAAAUCUAUGAAAUAGCCAUCUGAUAAUAUUCGUGAAGUUAGGCUUUUCCAUUUUUUGGGGAAUCGUGGAAGAGUAGGUAACUGCCAAAACAAGCCUUAUUAUAUUUCAAAUUAUAGGAAAUUUAAUGUUAAUAAUUGCAAGAAAAUAUUAAUAUUAUUGUUUAUAUUCACUGGCUCUGUUAACCUUUUCAUUUCCAAGACGGAUCGGCUUUUAAAUACUCUUAACAAUACCAGUACAUUGAUAAGUAAACAGGUAAUGAGAAUACAUUAGAAGAUGUUGUCUUGAUGUACUGCCAAAUUCUCAGAGCUGAAUUUAAAAAUUGUAUGUAAAUUUAAUAAGAGAUCAAAAUUACUAUUUCAAUCUUGGGGCUAAGGUGGUUGACGAGAAACUGAAUUGAAUUUCUCAACGGCGAAGAGCUGGCUUUAGCAAUUUAUCGCAUUUUAGAUUUGUUUGUGUGUAGAUACCAUUAGUCACGUUUUAGUACACGUUGCCACGUUGUUCUGACAGGGUAGAACAAGCACUUACUUGUGACCAAGUUCAAAAAGCACCUGUUGUAUUUUCAUCAGUUUUCCUUCGAGGGCAUUUAGCCAAUCAUCCUCGGGGACCCGGGGGAAGCUGGUCGAGAGGACGUGAUAUUUUCGGGCGAAUCCCGCUCUUGAUGUAAACUUUCCCCCAAAAAUAUUGCGUCGUCCCGACUAGCUGCCCCUGGGUCUCCGAGGAUGUUAGCCUAUCAGAGGUGACAGUGAGAGCUGUCAAAUUUUGGAAGAUUUUGACAUAUUUAUUUGAAUGCUGUUAUCCGGAUAAUACAAAAACACCAGUUUACUACUGAAAAACAGACGAUGGCUUGUGAUGUUACAAUAUUUGCCGUCACUCCUUGCUCGGCACUAGAUGUCCUGAAGAGCGAGAUCUGUCCUGUUACGACAGCGUGGCUACUAGGUCAGUUAGAUGGUGCACUAUUCACGGGUAACCCAGGCUUUCACGUUAAUAGCAAUUAAACCCUUUGACUCCCAGGAGUAACCAACGUAUUAGUUUUCCUCACAAUUUACAAUUUUAAUACACUGUCAAGCAGUCUGGCGAUGAUAAUGGUAAUGGGGAUAGUGUCUUGAUAUUACACCAGAUUCUCAGAAAUAGCCAACAAAGCGUUGUAUGGUCAUCAGUUAUAGGAGGAUUAGUUUUCAGAUCUUGUGAGUGAAAGGGGUAAAGAGAUUACCAUUGCAGAUAGAAUGCUCUCCGUUUCAAAGCAAAUAGCCAAAGCACACAGUUUGACUUUGUUGUGAUUUGUAUCUUACUGGCUGCACUACUGUUAGGAGUAUUCCAUAUACAGCUUAGUCGCAUUGUUGCGUGAAAGCUUGGUAUGUCUGUUACCAUUCCUGCCUUUGUUAUCGCUAAGGUGGCUCAUGUCAGUGUAGGACAUUAUGGUCAUAGCAAUUAAAAUUACACCAGUCAAAUUGACGCGUCUUUUU